AUGACUGACGCUCCUGUAUCGACCUGGGGCAGCGAUGGCUCAGCCAUCCCCAGCCUUGAGCUUAUCUCCAGUAGAGGUUCCCGAUGGGCUCACCGCGUUCUCAUCGCCCUUGAGGAGGCUCAUCUUCCCUACAAACUUACCGAAGUAGACCUCAACAAUAAACCGGACUGGCUAUUCAAAGCCAACCCUAAAGGCCUCGUGCCCAUCCUCGGGGUGGGCACGCCUCCGACCUAUCUUACCGAAUCCGCCAAUAUCGUCUCCUACAUCACCGACCACACCCCAUCUAUCCAGCCUUCCACCGACCUCGAACGCGCUCGAGCGGCCCGUAUAGCGGAGGUUGCAGUGGACCUCCUCGCUGGCGAGAUCUCUCCAGAUUUGAUUCCUUUGGGAGUUGUGAGUACAGUGCAGGGACUGCUAGACCCCGAAGGGCCAUUUGCGCUUGGGCAGCGGUUCACCGACACGGAUAUCUUGAUCGCUCCCUUGGUUGGGCGGCUUUGGGCUUAUGGCAAUCACGCUCUCAUACCGGCGGGAAAUCUUCUUACAAGACUGAUUGAGGAGGAUGCAAAGUAUGCGAGGUUUCUGAAGUAUGUCAAAGCUAUCAGCGAGAGAGACAGUUGGAAGAAGACGUGGGAUGAAGAGUUCUCUAUCAGCCGAUUGGAGAAGAAGAUCGCUCAGUACAAAGCCAGCCAGGACAAGUCAUAA